AUGGGGCGACGAGGCAAGAAAAAGUCCAAGAAGGGAACAGUUGCUCCGGUGAACGAGGAGGAUGAAAAGGCACCAAAGACGUUGGUGAUCAACCGCACACCGCUCGGCAUCAAUGGCCACCACCUCAUGCUUGACGUUCGCCGCAUCAUGGAGCCAUACACCACAUCCAAGCUGCGCGCCAAGCGCAACAAUGUGCUCAAGGACUACGUGAGCGUGGCGGGUAUGCUCGGCAUCACACACUUUAUGCUCUUCUCCAGAACAGAGACAGGCCUCAACCUGCGCAUGGCCCGUGUGCCGCGAGGGCCAACGCUCACAUUCCGCGUGAUGAGGUACUCGCUGAUCAAGGAUGUCGUCACCUCGCAGCCAAAGAGCAAGGGCGUCCCCGUCUUCUUCGACAAGCCUCCUCUGCUGGUGCUGAACAACUUCAACAAACCGCGCAAGGAGAUCCGGCUCAUGGCCAAACUCCUGCAGAACAUGUUCCCCGCCAUCAAAGUCGAGAAGGUUGCGCUGUCGGCGCUGCGUCGCGUCGCCCUGUUCUACUUCAACGAGGAAACAGAAGAAAUUGAGCUGCGGCACUACGAGAUUUCUGUGAAGCCGGUCGGUCUCUCGCGCGGUAUCAAGGCUGUCCUGCGCACCAAAGCCCUCGACCUCUCCCAAUACGACGACAUCAGCUCAUUUGUCCUCGAACACGCCGACGGCUACGAGAGCGAUGCGGAGGCUGCGAUGGGCACGAGCAAGGUGGUGCUGCCGCAGACGGUAAAGGGCGCAGGCAACAAGGCGUCGCAGAAGUCCGCCAUCAAGCUCGUCGAGAUUGGCCCGCGCCUGAAUCUGAAGCUGAUCAAGAUUGAGGAGGGGCUGUGCGAAGGCAAAGUGCUCCACCACAGCAUCGUGCACAAGACGCCCGCAGAAGAGAAGGAGAUUGAGCGGCGGCGACAGAAGCGCAUGACAGAGAAGGCCCGACGCCGACAGCAGCAGGAGCGGAACGUCGAGCGGAAGAAGAAAGAGCGCGAGGAGAACCGGCAGCGCUCCAUUGCCGGCCAGCGCGCAAAGGCAAUCAGAGAGGGCCGCAUUCCCGCUGACGGGGCGAAGAAGGAGGAGGAAGAGGAUGUGGAACUGUGGUCAGAGGACGACGACAACGCAUACUACAAGCAGGAGGUUGGCGAGGAGGUCCCAGAAGGGAUGAACCUGAAUCGGUCGCGGCCCAAGAAGAAGCACGGCAGCAGCAGUGAGCGCGGGUACCUGCCCAAGUGGCGGCAGAAGAAGGAACAGCAGCAGCACGGGAAGAGGGGCGAUGGCGACAGCGCGAAGCGGAGGAGUGACGACCCUUCACGCACAACUGAUAUCAACGCGGCGCAGACGCAGCGGAAGCAGCAGCAGCAACAGCAGCAGCAGCAGCUGGCGAUGAAGCGGGCCAAGUCAUCGUCCCGUGGGCGCAAGGGCAGCAGCAACCAGGCCAGGAAGAGCGCAGCCGCCAACGCAGCGCGCGCAAAGGCCAUGACAGCAGCCGCUGGUGGCGGUGGCGGUGGAAAGAAGGGCGGCAGUGGCGGGAAGAAGAAGCCCGUGCCCGCGUUUGCACGCAAGCGCUCCAAGCGGUCGUGA